CUUCCACUCCGCCGCACCUCCGUCCCGGUUUUCUUCGUCUCGAGGCGCCGACCUCGCCCCCGCGAAUCCCGGACCGGCCCCCCGCACUGCGCUCGACCCCUCGGCUCUCCUCGGCUGGGGGAGGGGUGGGGGUCACCAUGGCCGAAGCGCCCCAGGUGGUGGAGAUCGACCCGGACUUCGAGCCGCUGCCCCGGCCGCGCUCGUGCACCUGGCCGCUGCCCAGGCCGGAGUUCAGCCAGUCCAACUCGGCCACCUCCAGCCCGGCGCCGUCGGGCGGCGCGGCCGCCAACCCCGACGCCGCCGCCGGCCUGCCCUCGGCCUCGGCGGCCGCUGUCAACGCCGACUUCAUGAGCAACCUGAGCCUGCUGGAGGAGACCGGGGACUUCCAGCAGGCGCCGGGCUCCGUAGCGGCGGCCGCGGCGGCGGCGGCGGCGGUGGCGGCGGCGGCGGCGGCCGCAGCUGCCGCCACCGGGGGACUGUGCGGGGACUUCCAGGGCCCGGAGGCGGGCUGCCUGCACCCGGCGCCGCCGCAGCCGCCGCCACCCGGGCCGCUGUCUCAGCACCCGCCGGUGCCCCCGGCCGCCACCGGGCCGCUCGCGGGGCAGCCGCGCAAGAGCAGCUCGUCCCGGCGCAACGCGUGGGGCAACCUGUCCUACGCCGACCUCAUCACCAAGGCCAUCGAGAGCUCGGCCGAGAAGCGGCUCACGCUGUCGCAGAUCUACGAGUGGAUGGUCAAGAGCGUGCCCUACUUCAAGGAUAAGGGUGACAGCAACAGCUCGGCGGGCUGGAAGAAUUCAAUUCGUCAUAAUCUGUCCCUACAUAGCAAGUUCAUUCGUGUGCAGAAUGAAGGAACUGGAAAAAGUUCUUGGUGGAUGCUCAAUCCAGAGGGAGGCAAGAGUGGAAAAUCCCCCCGGAGAAGAGCUGCUUCCAUGGACAACAACAGUAAAUUUGCUAAGAGCCGGGGCCGAGCUGCUAAGAAAAAAGCAUCCCUUCAGUCUGGCCAGGAGGGUGCUGGGGACAGCCCAGGAUCUCAGUUUUCUAAGUGGCCUGCGAGUCCAGGCUCUCACAGCAAUGAUGACUUUGAUAACUGGAGUACGUUUCGCCCUCGAACUAGCUCAAAUGCUAGUACUAUUAGUGGGAGACUUUCUCCCAUUAUGACUGAACAGGAUGAUCUUGGAGAUGGCGAUGUGCAUUCUAUGGUGUACCCACCGUCUGCUGCAAAGAUGGCUUCUACUCUACCUAGCCUGUCUGAGAUAAGCAAUCCUGAAAAUAUGGAAAAUCUUUUGGAUAAUCUCAACCUUCUCUCAUCACCAACACCAUUAACUGUUUCAACCCAGUCUUCACCUGGCACCAUAAUGCAACAGACACCAUGCUACUCAUUUGCACCGCCAAACACCAGUCUGAAUUCACCCAGCCCAAACUACCAAAAAUAUACAUAUGGUCAGUCCAGCAUGAGUCCUUUGCCCCAGAUGCCUAUGCAAACACUUCAGGACAACAAAUCGAGCUUUGGAGGUAUGAAUCAGUAUAACUGUGCACCAGGACUCUUGAAGGAGUUGCUUACUUCUGAUUCUCCUCCCCAUAAUGACAUUAUGACAGCAGUUGAUCCUGGGGUCACCCAGCCCAACAGCCGGGUCCUUGGUCAGAAUGUGUUGAUGGGCCCUAAUUCGGUCAUGCCAACUUAUGGCAGCCAGGCAUCUCAUAACAAAAUGAUGAGCCCCAGCUCCCACACCCACCCUGGACAUAGCCAGCCAACAUCUGCAGUUAAUGGGCGUGCCUUGCCCCACACGGUCAACACCAUGCCCCACACCUCGGGUAUGAACCGCUUGGCCCCAGUGAAGACAGCUUUACAAGUGCCUCUGUCCCACCCCAUGCAGAUGAACACCUUGGGAGCCUACUCCUCUGUGAGCAGCUGCAAUGGCUAUGGAAGGAUGGGCCUGCUCCACCAGGAGAAGCUCCCCAGUGACUUGGAUGGCAUGUUUAUUGAGCGCUUGGACUGUGACAUGGAGUCCAUCAUUCGGAACGACCUCAUGGAUGGAGAUACUUUGGAUUUUAACUUUGACAAUGUGUUGCCCAACCAAAGCUUCCCGCACAGCGUCAAGACAACGACACAUAGCUGGGUGUCAGGCUAAGAGUGAGUUAGUGGACAGGCUACACUUAAAAGUACUUCAGAUUGUCUGACAGCAGGAACUGAGAGAAGCAGUCCAAAGAUGUCCUUCACCCCUCCUUUUCAUUUUCUUGAGAAAGAAAGAAAGAAAGAAGAAAGAAAGAAAGAAAGAAGAAAGAAAGAAAGAAAGAAAGAAAGAAAGAAAGAAAAGUGUUUCUUUUUUCCUUUCGUCAGACUUGGCAGUGAAGACACUUUUCCUGUACAGGAAGUUUGCCCGAUGUUUGCAGGUUAUGUGCUGCUGUAGAUAAGGACUGUGCCAUUGGAAAUUUCAUUACAAUGAAGUGCCAAACUCACUACACCAUAUAAUUGCAGAAAAGACAUUCGGAUCCUGGUGUGCUUUCAAGUUUUGUACAUAAGCAGUAGCUACAGAAUUGUAUUUGUGUGUAUUUUUGUUUUUGUUUUUAUUUUUUAAAUAUCCAUUUGGUCCAAGGAAAGUUUAUACUCUUCUUGUAAUACUGUGAUGGUCUCAUGUCUUUGAUAAGUUAAACUUUUGUUUGUGCUACCUGUGUUCUGCUGAACAGAUGAACUACAGAGAACCAACUCUCCUCCAUCCUGCGCCUCUGUGGAACAGCUUUGGGCCUGUUCACACAGCCACACAAUUCACAUGAGAACCAAUAGCCUGUUAUCAAUCUGCUGAAUAAUGGACUCGUCAAACACCUUUCGGGGAAAAAUAGUUUAAAUGCCAGCCUUGUACAGGUCUUUUCUAUUUUUUUGUUUAUUUUGUUAUUUGCAAAUUUGUACAAACAUUUAAAUGGUUCUAAUUUCCUGAUAAAUGAUUUUUGAUGUUAUCGUUGGGACUUGAGAUCAUUUUUGGAAUAGAUAUUGAACUGUAAUGUUUUCUUAAAACUAGAGUCUACUUUGUUACAUAGUCUGCUUGUAAAUUUGUGGAAUCCCAGAUAUUGGAGGCAGCAUCCAUAAUUUUCACUUUGUAUUUCUAACUGGAUUAGUACUGAUUUUAUACGUGUUUAACUGGUUUUACACUUUGGGAUGCUACUUGGUGUUGUUUCUGGCUAAUCUUAAAAAUCAUUGUAAUUAGUACUUGCAUACUCAACGUUUCUGGCUCUGUUUUGGCAGGAGAGCGAUGUAUAGUUGUGGACAUUUUGCGUUUCAUGUUUAGGAGAACGUAAUAUGUUUUUAUGUAUGUGUUUGAAAGAAAUUCCAUCUGCUCCUCUUAUCCCGUGAUCUGAGUACACCGCCAGAGCAUUGAGUCUUCUGAUAAAUGUCCGUGUGCUGUGUCAUUUCAGUUACUCCUGAGGGGCCUUGUGAUGUUUGUGGAUCAGAAAAGGAGUCCUGUGUCUAAAACCGUGCUCUUCUCUCAAAUUGGGAGUUUUGAUCAACUUAACCUUUUUGAGUUGAGCUUUAUUUUUAUUUUUAUUUUUAUUUUUUUUUGAGUUGAGCUUUAGCAAGUGUUUUCCCUCAUACUACUUUGCUCUUAUUUUGGUCUAGGUGGAGGUUGGUUUUGUAGCUCUGCCUCAAAGGAUUAUGUUAAGACUCACACUUAAUCCCUCUCUCCCUUCUGUCCCACAGAUUACUUAGCACACUGUGGAAACACAGGUGGAUGGAGGAAAACUUAAAAUAGGACUUUGAUGAUUGGCAGAAUGCUUUGUGUCCCUGUGUGCAGAUGGCUACCAAAGGGAAUAGAGCUUAUUUAAAAAUUGGAUCAAUUCAUUUGAAAACCUAACACACCAGCUGUAUGUUGUAUUCUUGAAUUUAUUUUAAAAGUUCUCAAUGUAAGUUAAAAAUUGGAGAAUUUCUUUAGCCCUUAGCAACCUGAACUAUAAUUCUGCAUCAUGAUGUUUUAAUAUUCUGCACUGACCUACAACCAACAGACCAAUGUUAAUUUGGCUUUGCGUCCAUCGGUAUCUUCAGGUCAUGUGGAAUGCCCUAAGUCAGCACAAUAAAAGAAGCAGGUGCACAAAAAAGUUCCACUUGACUUCUUGAGAAGGCUCUGAUUCCUUUCUGUGUACUUAGCCCAGAUCCCACUUGCUUUGUCUUGCAUGUGAGUUGCUGAUCUGUUGGCUUGGUUUUUCCUAUGUGUUUAACAAGAACACAAGUAUUUCUGAAAGAUUUUCUAUAGGAGGGCCAGCUCUAUUGUAAGCUUUCCACUGUGACUUCUGCUAUUUUGAAGAUUCAUUCAGUAGCCGCCUCUCCAACUAUCUUCACUGUUGGCCACUCCAAAAUAUGUCUGAUUUUGGAAACCCUCGUUCCUCUAAGCAGUGCCUUCUGCAUAUGUAAUAGAACUUGGUGCCAGAAUACUUGGGUUCCUAUUCCUGUUGCCAUGUCCACCUUUUUUCCUCCUCCAUGCCCUCACACGAUGAGCCUUAGACACCCCAUUGUUCAAUAAAGAGGCAACUACAGCUGAAAUCACUCUUAAAAUCUUAACUACAUCCUAGAGUAAUUUUUAAAGAGAUGUUUCUUCCUCCUUAGUCUGUGUAAAUAUCUUUUUUCCCCCUUCAAAUUCUUUGUUUUGUUGGGAUUUUAACAUGAAUCUUGGGUAUCUCUCUGGGGUACAGUGAAGUCCAGUGAAAGGCACCUUGUCUAUUUUGAAAAGAAACAUUAUGUGACCUCUGGUAAUUCUUUUUCUGUACGAAUACUGACUUUCUGGAAUAAUUAGUAUAUCAGUUAUUGUACAUGAUUGCUUUGUGAAAUGUGCAAAUGAUAUCACCUAUGCAGCCUUGUUUGAUUUAUUUCCUCUGGUUUGUACUGUUAUUAAAAGCAUAUUGUAUUAUAGAGCUAUUCUGAUAUUUUAAAUAUGAAGUAUUGUUUCCGUAAUAUAGACGUAUGGAAUAUAUUUAGGUAAUAGAUGCAGUACUUGCAAAGUUCGCUUCAGCAAACUGACAGAGUCUAAAUUAAUUAGCAAAUGUUGUAUCCCAGUUGGCAGUAAAUCAAUGGAAUGUACCAAGAAGAGAAGGACACUUAAAAUGGAAAAAAAGUUUUCCAAAGGUAUAUAAUUUGGACUUGAGUUCAACUCCUGGGUAUAUGUUACCAACACCUCUCUCCCUUCCCCAGACUUAACUUGAAAUUCUCACAUUCAGCUCUUAAGAGUUCUUAAUUUAUAACUGACUUUUAAACGAGAAAUUUUUCUAGUGGUUUUGGUUUGGGAGUAAUCAUUCAUUAAAAAAUGCAAUGUGGUUUAUGCAAAUGAAACAGCCUUGCAUUACUCUUGGCCUCCUCCCUGCGGGUGGUGUGCACAGAUCCUGGCAGUAUGGUCAGGUUUGGCCCUAGGAGUCCUGUCAGGACAUGGCCACGGCCUCCUGCAUUUCACUACUCGAGUUCAGUAACAGCGCAGAUUCCAUGUUCCUGUUCCGAUACUCUCUGAGAAGUGCCUGAUGAUGCUGAUGUAAUUACAGACACAAGAACAAUCUUUGCUAUUAUUGUAUAAAGCCAUAAAUGUACAUAAAUUAUG